AUGGGGGACUCAAACACUGUGGAGCUGCGCCCUAUCGACGAAGACCACAGCGAAGGGGACAGGAAUUUGGGAAAUGCGGGUGAUAGAAAGAAGCACCAUCGAAGGAAGGAAAAUGCACAUCCUUCGCAUAGUGAAGACCGACAGGGAAGUCAAUCAGUGGGGCACAAAGAUACCCACAAAAGAAGGCAAAACAGCCAUCACCGCAGGGAUAGUUCUGGGAGAGGAAGUGCAGAACCAAUGAAAGGUGAAAAUGUCGCAUCAGCAAAGGAAUCUGCUAACGAACCUUCUCAUGAGGCAAACAACGAAAGUGUUAACGAAGCAGAUGCGCACAAUGUUCGAAUGAACGAGCGACGAUUCCGUGGGCCCAGCGAGGGGCGAGACGAUUCCACAUGCGCUGACCUCGACGAGGAAACCAAGUUCAUGGAAAAUUGGGAGGAAACGCAGAAAAGGCUGUACGAUCCAACCAUAGGGUUAAGAAGGCACUACACAAACGAACUACUGUCAUGUGGUGAAAAGAACAACAUACGUGUAUUGGAGAAGUGGUCAUCUAUGAUUAACAGAGACAUCAACUGGUUCAUGAAGACACACAGAACAACCUUCCUAAGGAGAGUGAAAAGAGGGAUCCCACAAAAAUAUAGAUGGAAAGUGUGGUUCCAAAUAACCAACAGUAAAAUUCUUCUCAACAAAUUUCAAAAAAAAUAUUAUUUUCUAUCAAAAAAAAAAUCAAAUUAUACCAACCUCAUAAUGAUAGAUAUAUCGAGGACCUUUCCCGAAUUGUUAAUAUUUGAUAAAUAUGCACAGGAGCAGUUAUUUCGCAUUUUAAAUGCGUAUUCAAAUUUCGAACCGUCAGUAGGGUACUGUCAAGGAAUGAAUUUCCUGGUUGGACUCCUACUCAUAGUCAGUAAUUUUAACGAAAUUGAAACGUUUUGUGUUUUAGUUAGUCUAAUGAAUAAUUACCACCUGAAGGAAUUUUAUAAAGAGAAAUUUCCUCUACUUAAUAGAUACAUAUAUUUGUUUGAGAAAAUAUUACAGUGUGAAGUUCCCGACUUGGUUGAUCAUUUUAAUCAGGAAGAAGUUUUUCCACCUGUGUACCUACACCAGUGGUUACUAACCCUAUUCAUUGCUAGUCUCCCUAUAAAAAGCGUUAUAGUCAUAUGGGAUUACCUAUUCAGUACGAGCAUAAAAACCAUUCUGAUGAUUUCCGUAGCUCUGUUGAAAAUUUUAAAAAGCUAUUUAAUGAAACAUAAAUUUGAAAAAAUUUUAAAGUUAUUAAAAUCCUUAAAGUACAAUGAAAGCAACGAUGAUAUUCUUAUUGCAAAACUGUUGAUUAAAAAAUCAGAGUCUGUUAAUUUAAAUCCUGAACUUUCUUUCCUCUUUGAUAAUAUUGAGAGGCAGGAUAUUCCCUUUGAUGGGCAAUUUAAAUUCUUCAUUGGAGAUAUCAACAAUUGCCACUUUACCCACGUGGAGGAACAACUCGCCCCUAACGGUACAGGAGUGACUGAUGGAACGAAGAAGGACCAACCGAGGUCCACCAAUUGGGACCAAUCUUGCCCAGCCAACUCCACUCCAGGGAAGAUUUCCCAAGGAAACUUUUCCUCUGUAAGCUUCACCCCAGGAAGUUUCAGUCCAGCUAGUUUUAGGCCCUCGAAUUUGUCUUCCCUUGACGGAGUGCCCCUGCUGAACUUCUUCUCCAACCGAGUUCUUAAAAGGGAUAGCAAAACGGAUCGUCAAGGGGAAAGGAAAUCGUCCCAAGGGAAAGGGACCAUUAGGGGGCAGAGCCACACACCUCGCAGGUCUCCAAAAUCGCAGCGGGAGCAAGAAGAAGAUGCGAAGGAGAUGACCUCACCGAAUAACUCCCAUCGAGGGGGUCGAAGGGGACAAGAAAAGGAAAAGCAACAGGGUGAAUAUGAUGAGGAUAUCCAGGAUGGGGAAGCAAAGGCGAAGAAUAUAAGAGAGGGAAGUAAGAUGAACACAUUUUACUACAAAAUUUUAAGCAGCAAUGAAAAGAAUUUAAAAAAAAAUAAAAAUGCAUCUGCUACAGCGACUAGCCAAAAUAGCAGCAACGAAACGGGAAAUGGAAUUUUCAGCAAUUCGAGCAAUCAGACCCAUGGCAACCAUAAUCAUGUGAAGUCCUCAAGUGUGCCCAGGUCACUCCCCAUCGGAGGAAGAAAACCGAAAGGCACCAACAUCAACAGUGGGAAGUACUACGCUGCAGGGAGGGGAAGACAGUCACUACGCAGUAACGAUAAAAAGGGAAUCUUGUCAAUUCAGAAUGAUUCAUGCUUAAGCAAUUACGAAGGGAAGAGGAACACGCCACUGAAUUGUGAUAGCGUUGAAGGGGAAACGGGGGGAAACUAUCAGAAAUCACUCCGUUCUGCGCAGAUAGGAAGGACCACACGUCAGAUAAGCCAUUCUCUCGAUGUACAUAGUAACGAACCUGACCAAGGAACCACCUUAGGCACUUCGCUCAGGGGUAAGGAAGUGAACAAAGACAGUGCAAAGACUAAAACGCGCGACUUUAAAAUGUACGACCAUUAUGCAAGCGAAGAAGAUUUGUCUAGCUUCAAUGUAGCGGAACAUAAAAUUAUUAAAAAUGUGAAGAAAGGUUGCCAUACCCGUGGCAGUAGAGAAAAACGCAGUGAUGACCAACAUGGCGAUAGAGAGGAAGAUCACUUCGAUGAAGGAGACCAAAACGUGUUGUACAAAAGCGACUCUUUCGUUGAAUUCAACCGAAGGAAGAAAUGCCAUCCAUGGGGUGAGAAGCAGGAUCAGGGGGAAAAAUACGAUUUACUUCAGGAAAAAUGCAUAUCGUAUCGUAAUGGAAAUGGAGAAGAAGGGAAUGGAACGAAGAACAACUCCCGAUACAACUCUCGUUACAACUCCCGCUACAACUCCCGAUGCAAUUCCGCGGAGGAGAAUCCAGAAGCAAAACAAUUUAGACUUAGUAAAGAAAGGAAAAGUCUCACGGGUAGCUUAAAAAGACACGCAUAUUAUCAUAACCCAAAUGAAGCGAACAAUGAGUGUUACUACCCCCUUAGGGAGAACUCUGUCCCCAGGGAUGAAGGCGAUUGGCUAAGAGAAGAUGACAACCAAGCAGAAAGUAUCAUCACAGGAAAGGUGAAACAAUUUGAAAAAAAAAUGAAUGAGGAGGAGGAACAAGAAAUUAGCAAUGCGAAGGAAUUACGCAGGACGAAAGGAACAGAAACAGCUGAAUGUACGCGGAGAGAAAAGAAAAAAUUAAAUUCCAGUCAGCAUGGUGAAGGUAAAAAUGAGGAUGACGACAACGAAGAUGAAGUCGUCAGCAACGAGAAUAACAAUGACAAUGUCAAUGACAACGAUGAGGAAGAAGAAAGCAUCUUCAGCAUCAGUCAAUAUAUUAACCCGGAAGACAGCGAAAAAAAACAAAACGGUGAGGAAAAAAAUAAUGGACUCGGAAUUUUUAAUUUAAUACAAUCCUACGCCAAGGAUACUAGCUGGUUUGACGUUUCUUCAAUAAAUAAAUACUACCAGUUUGGCAAAGCCAGUGGGGACAUGGAGUUGGAUGACAUAAACGCAGAUAACGAAGGGGAGAAUAAAGGGUGGUAUACACAGGGUGAAAAACGAGACGAUCGGAAAUAG